AUGGAUGCGCAGAAUGCUGCCCAGUCCGACCAGACGAGGCCUGCUGGCGCUUCCCCUCAGCGGCCCGGCCCCCGGCGUGAGACCACUUCCUCGCCCGCGCCUGUGAGCCCCAGGCCCGCAUCCCCGGUCAAGGAAACACGCCCAGCCGCGAAUGCCUCCACCGCCCCCGACGCAGACGCCCCCGAAGACCGCGAUUCGGAUGCCGAGACCAUUGUCCUGCCCGGCAAAGAUGGCCACUCCCCCUCCAAGGCCCGCAAGGUGAGACAGGAAGACAAGAGCGAUGGCGACGCCGACGCCACCAAGCCCCCAGCCAAGCUCUCCGCCCCCUUCGAUGGCGACAAGUCCGCUGUCCCCAGCCGCCUCGCCGAUGUUGUCAAGAAGAAGCGCUUGUCUGGCCACCUCGACCGCGAUAGGCAGCCUCGAAACAAAGAUGCCGCCUCCAGUGGUUUGAGCUCAGCACCCGCGUCCCCACCUCAGCACCAUCGUAAACACCGUCCACGUUCCGACGACCCCCGCUCCUCUUCUGAAUCCGAACAAUCGCACCCCAGGCCUCCCAAAACAACACUGCGAGACAAGCUGAAAUCCGGCGAGCGCCUGCUCCCAACCAAGCGAAAGAUCCCCAAGCUGGACUCCGACGACGAGGCGGAUGGCCGCAAGGCCCGGCGCCAACGCACCAUCAGUGCGGGCACCGAUACCAUCCGCGUGCCUAGAGACCCUAAGUCUGUGUCGUCGAAGUCCCACCAUGAUUCACGAUCGAUUUCUCCUCAUGCCCGAACCCAUCGACGAAGCGCCUCGUCUCAACUACCCUCCUACUCGUCAAACGGCCUCGGGCAGAAAAAGAAGCGGCUGCCAGCUCCUCUGCAGCCCACCGACUAUCAUUCGGAUGAGUCCUCUGCUAGUGGAAGUCCACACCCUCGCAGCUCCAAGCUCCGUGGUCUCGCACAGCCUUCCAACGCCGACCCCAACGCGUCACCGGCCAAAUUGGCGCCACACAAGAAGCAUCUUGAUGCUCACGGCCAGACGUUCCUAGCUCGUGCCUGCGCGAGAGGCGAGUAUGAUGGUGCAAAACACCGACUUGGCGAAAGACCUGAGGACUUGAAUGUUGCUGACUACGCUGGCAAUACCCCCCUGCAAAUUGCCGCAAUUAAUGGAUGUGAGAAUAUCGUGAAGCUCCUCAUCGAAGCUGGUUGCAACCUGGACUGUGUCAACUACGACAAAGACACACCAUUGCUGGACGCUGUUGAUAAUGGCCAUUUGGGCGUAGUGAAGCUUCUGUUGGAGGCUGGCGUUAACCCUCGGAAAGCCAACGUCAACGGGGAGGAACCCAUCGACCGAGUGAGCGAUGACACCGAGAAUGCCGAGGAGAUUCGAGCGGCUCUCAUCGAAGCCAAAAAGCGAGCAGGUGAACGACAACGGACCUCUGAAGACCGCCAUUCUCAUCCCGAAUAUCACGAUGCCAGAGACUCUCACGCGCCGGACAGCCCUCGCCAAUCCCCGGCCAAUCUGUCUGGGCAAAGUGGACGAAGGACUGGGACGGUACGAUCGACCAAGACGAGAAAUGACUUGCUCUACAUGCCUCUCGACGAGAAAACUCUCCGACAAGCCGCUGGGCGCGGUGAUGAGGAGACCGUCGCCCGAAUCCUGCAGGUCAAGGAGGGUUAUGACGACCCCGAAUCCAUGGUUGCCGCCGCGAGAGGUGGCCACGACUUGGUCAUUCAAUUACUUCUCGGCCUCGGAGGAGCUCAGUUUGCAACACCGAUACUUGCAGCUAUUGGACAAGAGAACAUUAAAGUGCUAGAACUGCUCUUGGAACAACAAGGUUUUGAUCCGACGAGACGCUUCGAAGGAGAAACGUACUAUGAGAUCGCCCGACGACGACAAGGGACGAACUGGAAGGAAGAAGAACAUAUCCACAAGGACUCAGUCAAGACAAAAUCUCCAACCAGACGCGAGCGUGAACGAGAACGCGAAGAACGAGAGGCCAAGCGGGCCCGACGAGCCGAGGCUAAGGAGGAAGCUCGGCUGCUCAAGCGAAAUCUGUCAAGCCCCUCGCGAGAGGCUGAGCCCAGGAGAAAGGUUGCUUCAUCGAAGCUUACUAGUCCUAGAGAGAAGCGGAGGCCCGAACCCCUCGCAAAUCAUGGCGAUGAACCUCUGCCAAAACGUGGCCCUGGACGACCAAAGAAAGAGGACCGAAUAUCCUCCAUCACCCAACUCAAGACCAAGCGUACCGAAUCCGACGCCGCCGGCGUAUCAAAACUUGUUUCCAAGGGUGAGCUUCGGGGAGAACGAGAAAAGCAAAGGCGCGCUAAUCAUCCAUUGAGCCCUCAUGACUCGAGGCAUGACGAACCUUCUGAGAAGCAUAGGAGUGAGAAAUUAUCCGAAAAGUACCACGAUCGAACCAAGGCCCUGAAACGAGAUGGUUCACGGGAUCGUCUUGUCGUAUCUGGGGACGGAUCUACGAAACGACACCGCAACAGCAUCACUCCCGACAGACCCAGCAACGGCGACAAGGAUGAUAGCGAAGUUCCUCCGAAGCGGCGACGACUUGACGGUGAAGGCAAAGAGAAGCGACAAAAGCGAUCUCUUUCUUCGGACGAGCGACCUCGCAAAUCCAACACCGCUCAAGAUCACUCGUCCAAAAUCUUGUCCAAGUCCAGCCAGAAGAAUCACGAUGAUGAGCGUCGGGGAGCUCGCCACGAACUUCAUCGUGGGGAUUCAGUUCGCUCUAGCGGAAGUGAAAAGCAGACCCGCGUCAAAUCUGAAGAUGCUGUGUCUGAAGCUGAUACUCAGGCCGCCCGAGAUAAGGAGGCUGAGCAAGAGAAGCAACGCCUUUUGGAGCAGGAAGAGGCGAAGAGGAAGAAGAAGAGGGAGAAGGAGGAAGAAGAACGCAAGCGCGUUGAAGCUGAAGAGAAGAAGAAGCGCGAACAUGAAGAAACUCGGAGAAAGGCGGAGGAGGAAGAGAUUAAGCGCAAGGAAGAGGAAAAGAAGCGAAAGGAGGAAGAGGAACGUGAGGCGGAGCGUAAGCGGAAAGAAGAAGAGGAGCGCAAACGCCUUGAAGAGGAAGAAAAACUGCGACGUGAGGCUGAAGAGAAGGUGCGCCGUGAAGAGGAAGAGAAGCGCAGACUGGAGGAGGAGAAGAAGAAGAAGGAAGAGGAGGAGCGGAAGCAGCAUGAGGAGGAAGAGAGACUCCGCCGCGAGCAGCUUGAGAGAGAAGCGGCCGAAGAAGCUCGACGUCAUCGCGAAGAAGAAGAACGCAAGGAACGCGAGCGACGAGAUCGAGCCCACCGUGAGGAGAUGGAGAGGAAGCGAGCUGCCCGCGAAGCCGAGCUACGACGGAUGCGAGAGGAGCAAGAGCGCGCACGGUUGGACAAAUUGCCACCGCUGCUCAGGUGGCUCGAUACAUGCCCAAACCCCAAGCUUCCCGCCGUCGCAGAGAGAUUCAAACGGAUGCAGGGCGUUCGAUACGACACCAUUCGACCGGAGGCAAACGAAUCCGCAGAAGGUCGCGAGCAAUGGGUCCUCAACACGCACGUUGCCCUAUUGCUUGGUGAGAAGGAUCUUGACCUUUCAAGAUAUACUGCCUGGGAGCGUGUUCCGGUUACUACUCUUGCCAAGAAAUCGCUUUGGAGAGUUGAAUGGAGAAUGUACUCCCUAAUAUCCGAAAAAUUGUGGGAACUUGGACAACAGCUCCCCGACUACUAUGGCGAGGAAGACCCAUGCGCCUUGCGGUUCCAGACGAAGGAACGACUUAGGAUGGAGGCUUGGGAGCGAUUCCUCCAAACUAACAUGUUCUUUGUCAAGGUGUCGGAUUUGAUGUAUACAGUUCCCAACAUCCCACACCUCCGGAACAUUCAACUCGGGGUCGAGUACCGCGAGCUCUUGGAGACGGAAGAACAAGCAAUCGGCUGGAAAGCAAACCAGAAAUGGAAGUCGGACCCAGGAGCAAGCCGCUUCCACGGAUUUGCUCCCCGAUUUAAGUACUACAAUAACGGAUCAAUGGUGAGCGAGGACAUGCCCUCGGUACACCAGACGAGCAGAGUGCCGUUCCCCGAAAAACGAGUUCCACGACGAGGCCUCGUACAAGUGUACCCAGACGACCCAGAGUACGCCCGCGUGUGCGUGGAGCAAGGCCUGGAGCACCUUUUGAAUGGCCACAUGAGUCCGCUCCUAGUGAACGGCAUUCACUCAUCCCCGAUAAGCCAGAAAUCUGCUACACCGGCUGGGUCCGUUGCCAAUGGAACGACGAAGGUUUUGAUGCCCAGCACACCGAACGAGCACAUGGCCAUGAAUGGAACUUUGACGAAUGGCAUAAACGGAUCCUCGACUUGA